AUGGAGCACGUGCUGACGGUGCUCGGGCUCUUCGUGCUCGCCGUGCUCUUCACGCUGUACCACGUGUCGACGGUGUGCCACUUCUACCUGAGAAUCUCGUUCUUCUACCUUACAAUUCUAGUGCACGGCAUGGAGGUGUGCGUCACAAUGAUUCCGUCGUGGUUACAGGGAAAGGUGGGCGCGUCAGUGAACAAAAAAGAAAAGUUGACCAGAAGAAGAGGAGAGAGUGAACUCAUGCAUGUCCGAACAGACAGACUGGGUUGACACAAAAACACACAGAAAUGGGACUUUUCAGGGCGCCGAUUACGUAUUCCACUCGUUCUACUACUGGUGCAAACUUUGGACCGGAUGCCGCACGACCGUUUACGGAUUCGAAAACACAGAGUUCGACGGGCCGGCCGUCGUCAUUUGCAAUCAUCAGGUCGGCGCAAAAUGGAACUGUUUUUCGAAAAACUGUUAACACAACUUUGACCGGAUUCUUUUCCCUUAAAACCGGGAAAAACGAAAUUUGGAAUGAUCCGUGAGAAAAUGAAAAAUGCGGUCCUUCGAAAGAAUGGCUCGUCGACCAACAAAAGACCCCCUUUUCAAACAUUCUCACCAAAAAAGUCCUCGAGCCCUUUGUGCCGCCCAUCAUUUUCCGGUGGUCCCGGCACGAAACGCGACCAACAAAUUGGCUCCUUUUUUUGUCUCGGCGCGCGUGUUCCGCAGUCUAGCUCAAAACGACAACUAAUUUGGUGUGCUCUCCCCGGCUCCUCUCGCAUAGAAUUUUAAUCAUUUUGUGCGCGUGCUUGUGUGCGACACAGAGAAAUGCAUGCACUUUUUGUGGCGGCGGAGAACAAAAAAACGCAGCCAAUUUUCCUGGUAAGAUGGCGAAAAUGAAGAGGAUGGAACGACGGACGGAAAACAACGGAAAAGGGGUUGACUUUUCGAACUGGAACUUUGAAAUACGUUACGGGGGGAAGCGGUGUGCGAGCCCUGAGAAAAUAUGCAACACGAGAUGAGAAGUCGUCGAGAAACGGGAGAGCGAGACGGAGAAGAAGGGCCUCUCGGGGGAAAUCAGGAGCGAAAGGCUCUCGGCCAAUUGGCUCCGAUGACUUUGCCCAUCCAACUGUAUAGAUGAGCUCAUUAGGGGAUUUGAUUGCACCGAAACAUUCAAAUUUCGUGCGGGAGGACCGCAUUUGCACAGUUCAACUGUAAAAAACAAGAAAAAACGGUUUGCAGAGCUCACUGGACAUUCUCGCAAUGGCGUCCGUUUGGCCGAAGCACUGUGUGGUGAUGAUGAAGAAGAUUCUGGCGUGGAUUCCGUUCUUCAACCUCGGCGCCUACUUUGUCAGUCCCCACUUUUCCUCUUUUUUACAUACGCAAACAUUGCACAUUUCUCUGCACGUCUCCAAUUUGAAUUAUCACUUUUUCGACAAACACCACCAUUGUUUGUGCCCGGACCGAGCGAAUUUACAUUUUUUCAUACGGGUGGGCUACGGAUGUCUAGACGAUUUUCUAUUUUCAGUCCAACACCAUCUUCAUCGAUCGGUACAACCGCGAAAAGGCGAUGGCGUCCGUCGAUUAUUGUGCGACGGAAAUGAAGAAGCGCAAUCUGAAAGUGUGUAAUUUUACUGCAAAUCCGGCAAUUUUUGCAAUGCGCCUUUAACUUUUCAAAGAAAAACACGUUUUUCUCUGCUCGGAACUCCUGUUCAUGCCGGGUCUCACAACGAACACGAUUUACGAGCGGAAAAAAAGCGCAGUGCGAAAAAUGCGAAAAUUUCCAAACGUUUGUUUUUCAUUUUCAGUUGUGGGUGUUCCCGGAAGGAACGCGGAACCGCGACGGCGGUUUUCUCCCUUUCAAAAAAGGCGCCUUCAACAUUGCAGUCAGGGUACGGGACUCGCCACGAUUUCUCUCGGAAACAAGACCGUUUUUUUUUUUGCAGGCUCAAAUCCCGAUAAUUCCAGUUGUAUUCUCGGAUUAUCGGAAUUUCUACUCGAAACCCGGACACUAUUUCCGGAACGACGGAGAAAUUGUGAUUCGGGCACUUGAGCCCAUCUCCACACAAGGGGUAAAAAUGAAAACGAUUUUCAGGCCUUACAGUUUGAGAACUUUGAGUACAGAAACAAAAAAUCGAGUCGAAAAGUGUGUCUCUUCAAAAAGAAUGGGCCGAACCGGGGAUUGAACCCGGGACCUCUCGCACCCAAAGCGAGAAUCAUACCACUAGACCAUUCGGCCACGAUUUUUACCCAAUCAGGACAGUGGAUACAAACAAGGAAGUCGGGCAGAUUUGUCAAGUGAUAACACUUAAUCUGCCAGACUUCUUUGUUCGUAUCCACCUUCGCGAUCGGGUAAAUUCUCGCUUUGUUCUGGCAUUUUGUUAUCAAUCUAACGGCGGCCUAAUAAGAUUGAUACACCUAAUUAGAUUAAUAAAUUGUCUAGCUAGAUUAAUCUGGCAAUUCGAUAUUAAUCUAAUUAGAAAGUUACUGAUCUAAACGCGACCUAAUUAGAUUCGACUGUUUUUUCUUGGCGCAAUCGAGAUUUGAGCCAGCAGACGGUUGGCGUGAAACUUGAUUUGAGCACAUAUCAAUCUAAUUAGAAGAUUUAUCAAUCAAAUCUCAAAUCUCGAUUGCGCCAAGAAAAAACAGUCGAAUCCAAUUAGAUCGCCUUUAGAUCAGUAACUUUCUAAUUAGAUUAUUAUCGAAUUGCCAGAGUUGGGUACGAGAGGUCCACACGUUUUUAGUGACUUGCACAUAAAAUUUGAAGUUCGCGCGCCUUUUCUGGCCUAAAGUGCAAAAAGACAGUUUGCAGUUGACGCUCGACGAUGUGCCAGAACUUUCGGACAAAUGUCGUGACGUCAUGCUGGCCGCCUACGAGAAAGUGACCGAAGAGGCCAAUCAGAGGAGCGCCGAACGACGCGGCGAAGUGGAAUCGAAAAAAAUCGAUUAA